AUGGCGUAUGAGCGACUACCCAACCUCGAGGCCGGCCAAAGCGGCGGCCGCUACACCGACGAUCCUGCGUUCCAAGACCUCCAAUACGAGCUGAAGAACAAACUGCAGUCUCUGCUGAGCAACAACCGCAAGCUUGCCAACGAUGUCAACGUCCUGGGGACGAAGAAAGACACUCCCCGCUUGCGGGAGCGGGUUCACAACACAAUGGAAAAGUCGCGGGAAAUCUGCAAGGAUAUUGGCGAUGGCGUGAAGAAGCUGCAGACAUGGGAUGACCUCACUAAACAACAAAAGUACGAACAAACAAAGAUCUCGAGCGAUUUUCAGACGGCCUUGCAGGAGUUCCAGGGUCUGCAGAGGAAGGCCCUGGAAAAGGAACGCGCAUCCAUCACGGCAGCCCGCGAAGCGCAGGCUUCAGAAAUCACGGGCGCCGGGGGCGAGGAACAAGUACAACUGCAACAGCAGCAGCAGCUGUCGCAACUGGCCCCGCAGGACGAGGUGGAUUUCCAGGAGGCCUUGAUCAUUGAGCGCGAAGAGGAGAUUCGAAACAUCGAGCAGGGCGUCGGCGACCUGAACGUGCUAUUCAAGCAAGUGGCGCAGAUUGUUACCGAGCAAGGCCAGCAGCUCAUCACCAUCUCCGAUACCGUGGAGAAUAUUCACGAAAGCACCCGCGGUGCCGACGUAGAGACCCGUCAAGCCGCGCGGUACCAAAAGGCAGCGCGCAACAAGGGCUGCUGCUUGAUGCUGAUUCUGGCCGUCAUUUUGACCAUUGUCAUUUUGGCGAUUGUCGUUGGCUGA